AUGGGAAAAAUCAGGGAUUACUUGCAAGGAGAAUCUAGCUUGUCAGUUGGAAUCCGAUCUUCAUCGACGUUGGCUGAGCUAUGGGACACUGAUCAUUGGGUCUUGCCUCCAGCAAGAUCAGAGAAGCAAGUCCAAAUCUACUCUUGCCUCUCAUCACUACAGAUCACGCCUUAUGCUGAUGCAAUGGUCUGGUCACCUGAGGCAAGCCCAGAGAGCGUCUACUCAACUCGAAAGACGUAUGAUCUCUUGCGCGUUAAGGAACCAACAGUCCUCUGGCACAAAGAAGUCUGGUUUGGGGGAGAAAUUCCCAAACACAAAGUCAGAACUUGGUUGAUGGUGCUAAACCGCUGCCCUACCCGGGAUCGUAUGCUCCAGUGGGGACUUCAAACAGACAGCCACUGCCUCCUAUGCAACUCCUACCCUGAAUCACGAUCACACCUAUUCUUUGAAUGUGCAUUCUCAUGGGAGAUUUGGACCAAUAUCUUACGUCGCUGUGCCUUCUCACCGAGACGAAACUGGGAUGCAACACUAUUGGAUCUCCAAGCUUAUAGGGGUACUAAGCAUACUCGAAAACUUCUCCUUCUAGCAUGGCAAGGAACGAUCUACUUCAUCUGGUCGGAGAGAAACAACAGAAUUCACAGGAACAAUUUCCGUUCUUCCCACUCAAUCAUCUCUGAGAUUGAUCGCACUAUCAGGAGAAAGCUUGCCUCCUUUAGGCUAGCAAACCCAGCUCUAUCAUCCGCCCUUCUGGAAAUCUGGUUCUCAAAUCAGUAA